UCCGCUCCGAGUUGCGCUCUAGGUUUGGUUUUCAACCAGAAUGCUCAAUCGAGAGGUCUACUAUUUCAGAAGCAGAUCCGAACUUCUCGCAUCGAAAUGAUCAGGUACUACACAUACAUCUGAACAUCGCCUCGGUUUUUACCUUGUCCGAACCAAGCACCGCACUAUUCCGCCUUAUUUCCCCAAGCUAUCUCUACAUAAGGCCCCGGUACAGAACAUAGCCCUUUUUCUUCGUCCUUCAAUGAUUGAAGCCCUCGCUCAGAUUCUGACGCAUCAAGCGACUCAGGAAACGCCUCGAAAAAGGGCUCUUCUCAUUGGAAUCAGACUAUCCAAUGAAAAAGGAAGACAACAGGGAGACGUAGUUGGACCCCACGUCGAUGUUGAACGCAUGAGAGAACUGCUCAUCAGCAUGUUUCUUCAUUGUCUUAUCUCGUGCUAAUUACUUACAUUCCGUCUAGAUAACUAUGGGUACCAAGCGGAGAAUAUUGUGACUCUCAUGGAUAAUGAAGGACCAGCUGAACUUCAACCGACGCACGAUAACAUUCUUUGCCAUAUAACGAGACUCGUUCAUGAGCCCCAGGAUGGAGAACAUUUCUUCUUCCACUACUCAGGACAUGGAACACAGGAGGAGAACUUGGAUGGGAGCGAGGAAGACGGUAUGGAUGAAUGUUUGAUAGCUAUGGACGGCGAGACAAUCAAAGAUGAUGUCCUUCGGAGGUAUCUUGUCGAUCGUCUUCCGCCGACUUGCUAUAUGACGGCGGUCCUGGAUACAUGUCACUCGGCGUCUCUGUUGGCAGAUUUAGAACAUUUCCGCUGCAAUCGCGACUUUAGAGGACCGUAUUUGCAUCUUCGUCAAAGGACGUCCUAUUCACGGGCCCUCUGGGAUGUACUUCGUUGUAAAACCAUGGACACCUUCUCACGUAGGACCAUCCACCAGCUAACAGACAAGAAGGGCUUCACUUCUCGCAGAACGUCCUUCCAGAGUCUGAUCAAUGCGUCAUUCAAUGAUUCCCCCAAAGUGUUAGCAGAGUCGCUGUCCAUAGACUCUACACAGGCGAACGUAGCAUCAUGCCUUGACGCGACCAAACAAUGUGAAUCCCCUAUACAAUUGUUCAGCCUUGGUUCUCCCGUACGGGCGUGCUGCAACGGGUUUUGUCCGCUCCCCACGAAGAAGAGGGAAGUGGCCAACGUAGUCUGUAUAUCAUCAUGCAAGGAUCAGCAGCAGACAUGGGAGGUUACUGGUGGAAUGUCCUUAACUCAGGCUCUGAUCAAGAAGUGUAGUGAAGAAUCCCACCCCUUACUUGCCAGUCUGAUGUUGCAUGUCAAGUAUGAAAUCUUCAAGAACUUCUGUAAAGUUUUCGAAGAAGUGCAGAAAUACUCUGAACGGUUGCGAUCGUGGCAGGAAAAACGCAUCAAAAGGGGGCUUCCUAUCCCACGCCGCAACGAUGAAUUCUUCUCGGACAUGAACUUUCGCCAGGACCCACAGCUGUCCAGCCCUGAGCCUCUUGUCAGCAUUUCUUCUUGA